UGAAACUACCUUGAUCGGUUGACUGAAACAUAGAGCAUGUUUAUUGCAGAUUAUUUGCUUCCAUAUGGGUUCACAGUUCGUGGGUUCACAAUUAUAGGAGGCAUCCUUGGAGCAAGAAGUGCAUGUGGGAUUUUGUGCCUAUUGGCAUUUUUAAUCUAUAAGUUUAGGAGAAGACAUUUAUCAAUGUUCGAUACCGUUGAAGAUUUCCUACAAAGUCAGAACAACCUGAUGCCGAUUAGGUACUCGUACUCCCAAAUAAAGAAGAUGAGCAGAGGUUUCAAGGACAAGUUGGGGGAAGGAGGCUAUGGUUCUGUAUACAAAGGAAAGCUCCGGAGCGGUUAUGUCGCGGCAAUAAAGAUUUUAGGAAAGCCCAAAUCCAAUGGCCAAGAAUUCAUCAAUGAAGUUGCUACCAUCGGAAGGAUUCAUCAUGUAAAUGUGGUUCGACUAAUUGGAUUCUGUGCUACGAGAUCUAAACGAGCUCUUGUAUAUGAAUUCAUGCCUAAUGGCUCUCUUGAGAAAUACUUAUUUUCUCAAGAAGCAAACAUCUCUUUGAGUUGCAAGCAAAUGUACGACAUUUCUGUUGGAGUGGCGCGUGGGAUUGAAUAUUUGCAUCAGGGUUGUGACAUGCAAAUUCUACAUUUUGACAUCAAGCCUCACAACAUUCUUUUAGAUGAGAAUUUCAAUCCAAAAGUUUCGGACUUUGGACUUGCGAAACUAUAUUCAACUGAUGAUAGCAUGGUGUCUCUUACUGGGCAAAGAGGAACAAUGGGUUACAUGGCUCCAGAGUUGUUCUACAAAAACAUUGGGCGCGUUUCGUACAAAGCUGAUGUAUAUAGUUACGGGAUGUUGUUGAUGGAAAUGGCAGGCAGGAGGAGGAACUUGAAUGCAUUUGCCGAUCACACAAGCCAAAUUUACUUUCCUUCGUGGAUUUACGACCAAUUCAAAGAAGGAAAGGAAAUCAAAAUGGGAGAAGCCACGGAUGAGGAAAGGGAGAUGUUGAGGAAAAUGGUUAUAACAGCACUAUGGUGUAUCCAAAUGAGGCCCAACAUUCGUCCUUCGAUGAACAAAGUCGUAGAGAUGCUUGAAGGAAACGUUGAAGCUCUUGAAAUGCCUCCCAAGCCUUUCUUAACUCCUCAAGAGAUGCCAGUUGAAGAUCAAUGAAUCAACUUAUAUCUGUCUAUUGAGUUGCUAAUUCUACUAUUUGUAGUCAUAUUAUUAGAGUCCUGUUGUUAGGACUAUUACAUGUUAGUAGACUUCUUAUCAAUUUGUAGUGUAUUGUCGAGGAAAUGUCCUGACGUCCUCUCAUAAGUAAGAACAGUCGAUCUGGUUCAAUAAAUUUUAGAUUUAAUCGUCU